GAUUUGUUUAUAUUGUUUUAACUCUAAUUAUUGAUCAACUUCUCAUUUAAUAGACUUAGAUAAAAUAAAAAAAAUUAAUAUAAUUAUCAAGUACUUUUAUAAACUUCCCGCAAGGCAGAAAGCGGUUAUGGCCGAUGCUGAACAUGAGAACGGUUUUGAUGUGGAGCUGAGGCCAAAAGUUGGAGUUGGUGUGUUUAUAAUAAGCCCAGACCAUCCAAAUUGUGUAUUAAUCGGUUUGAGAAAUGGUUCAAGAACGGGAAAGUUGUACGGGUUGCCUGGUGGACAUUUAGAAUUCGGAGAAGAAUGGAAUGAAUGUGCCGUGAGAGAAGUCCAAGAAGAAACUGGACUGAGACUGACCAGAGUGGACUUUGCCACUGUGGUCAAUGUGGUGUGGAGGGAACACAAUCUCCAUUACGUUGACAUAAUGAUGCUAGGAGUAGUUAACAGAGGAUGUGAACCACAAAAUUUGGAACCUGAUAAAUGUGAAGGUUGGCAAUGGUGUGACUGGGACAAUUUCCCAGCCCCAGGAGAACUAUUUCUUCCUCUGAAACUUGUCAGGGAGCAAGGAUUUAAUCCCUUCAGGACUAAAAGCACAGAUGAAUUAUAACAAGGAGUUGAAAUUCUUCUCAGUUUGCAUCUAGAAUAUAACAGUUUGGACAUGGCGAUUGUCACGAUAAUGAACAUGUAAAUAAUUAAUUAUGUAUGUAUUUUGUUAAUUGUUUUACAUAUGUGAUAAAAUAAACUUAUUUCUAUAACUGGAGAGCUUGCAGCUUUUUUUAUUCAAUAUUUAACAAGAGAGGCGUGACAUACCGGUAACUACAAAAUGAGGGAAAUAUAAAUGUGCCACAACUGUCAAAUUAAAUACUCCUAAGACUUCUAUACACCAAAAAAAGAGUAUUGGAAAAAUUUUAUAUGUCCUAGUGGAAAUUUCAACAGCUUUUUAAUCAUCAAUGUGUGUCAUAUAAAAGUAAUAAAACUUUAAAGAAAAUUAAGAUUGUAAACCGUUGUCAAUCACUAAUUAAGUUUCAACCAUUAUGAGUGAAAUUCACACACCAGACUCCAUCAAAAAUAAUUAAUGAAAUUAAAGAAAAAAAACAGUCCCAGUGCCCAUUAUUCACCGUUUAGUUUCAUCAAUGUUACAAAAACAGUGAAGAACAGGCGGAUUUAGAGGGGGGUCCUGACCCCCCCUCCCCCCCCCUCCUCGGAUUCUGAGAAAAGUAGUUGGUGAUGCAGUUCCAUAUGGCGUUGAUUUUACUAACGUUCAUAAAAAGUCCAAUAUAACCACUAUUCGUUUCUAUCAGAUAAAACGCCGACCCAUGUUCAGGAGAAUUUGAAAUCUCUGUGAGGGAUAGUGAGUAAGGGUAAAGGAACUAUUCUACGCCACAGCCGAAAGAAAGUCGAUGAUGGCACAGUGAGUAACGCCGUCGUCGGUAUUUAGCCCUUCAGGUAGCGGGUUCGAUACCAGCGUUAAAAUAUCAGUAAUUUUUUUUAUACACGUAUACUUGAGGUAUUUUCAUUUCUAGACAAAGAGUACAGCUAAAUACAUCAGGUAAUGCUGUCAUUAGCGUGUCGUCGUCGGUGGCGCAAUUGGUAGCGCACGUGGUUCCGAAGCAUUCUUCGAUGCCGACGCUGACACGAAGACGCCUGGUGUAGGUUAGAUCAGGCAAAGGUGUAGGUUAGUCUAGGAAUAGCCUAGAAGUGAUUAUGAGCUACUACUAGUAGUAGGAAUAAAAGUUAGAAAAUCAAAUAGGCAUUGAAAAAUAAGUUAGAGAA